AAAUAUUAUCCCAACUCACAAAACACUAUACUAUACUCUCUCUUUUCUAUACUCAACUCAACUCACCCAAUCCAUAUCAUAUCAUGCAAGGUUGUUGCACUUGCUCCCAAACUCACAUCAUUGGAACAUGCACAUGCGCUAUGUUUAAUUCCAAUUACUCUAUGCUUUUCUCCAACAAACCUUAUAAUAACCAACACGAUUACGAAUAUUUUGACGACUACUCUUCCUAUACCUCUUCCUCUUCUUCUUCUUCCUCCUCUGUUGAUUGCACUCUCUCUCUCGGUACUCCUUCCACGCGUUUAACUGAAGACCAAGAGAAACGAACCCGUCGUUCUUCCCUCUCCAAUUUCUGCUGGAAUAAUAAUAAUUCUUCCUCCCACUCCAAACAUAAUUCCCAAUCUCAAACCAAGUCUAACAGAGGAAACAAUAUUGCUAACUCCAACAAUGAUUCUCUUCUUGCUCGUCGUUGUGCAAACUGUGAUACCACUUCUACACCUCUUUGGAGGAAUGGUCCUCGUGGCCCAAAGUCGCUAUGCAAUGCAUGUGGGAUAAGAUAUAAGAAGGAAGAGAGAAGAGCAAACGCCGCCGUUGCCACGUCAGCAGCGACUAACGGAAGCAUAAUGGAGUCAGGACACGUGUACAGCAACCAGAACAAUUCAUGGUACGCACACCCUCAGAGCCAAAUGUUUGGUAUUGUGGACGAUUCCGAUGGAGAUUCAGAGAAUGGCAUUCCUUUCCUUUCUUGGAGACUCAACACUAGUCUCGUUCACGAUUACACCAGAUGAAUAAUCAUUUUCAUGUUUUUAACGAUCAUGACAAACAUAAUACGUACGUUCAUUAAUUAAUGUAACAGAAAAACUAAAAACAAUUGGCAAAGGAUGAUGUAGAUUUAGGUGUACGUCAAUGUUGAUGAUGUAGAUGUUUUUGAUUGUGAUGGUUAUGGUCUCGUCAACGGGAUUUUUUUUUUUUUUUUUACCUUUUUCUUUUUUAUCUCAUCGUUUUCUCUGUCUUUGCUUUAAGAUGGAGGACUAGGAUCUUAACUUAUUAGUUGUUUUUUCAUUAUUUGUUUUAUUUUAUUUAUUUAUGUUAUUUUUUCUAUGUGUUCUCUCUUUAAUUAACUUUUUCUUUUCAGUUACUUCGUAAUCUCAACCCUUUUCCUAUCUGUUGCUUCACUUUCCCUCUUGGCGAUGACCAUAAUGAUAACUUGUCGACCCACUCAUACAUUUAGUGGAUUAGUUAAUUUGUCAAAGUCGAGUUUGUAGCUUCAUGAUUUCAUUUUAUACCAUAUCAAUCAAUUUUUGAA